UGCAUUCCUAGGAUAUUAGGUCAACAUGGGAACAUUGUUAAUGAUGAAAAUAAUGACUGGCUCAGCUGAAAGAUGAGUAAGAAAUCACUCAGCCAAUGAAAGCACAUUGACCCUACCAAUAAGUAGAUACAUAUCGAUUGUUCCAAUUUUGAGUCAUAUUUAUCAACGUGACACCGCCACAAGUACUUCAAACAGAUUCCUGUGUGAAGAAAUUAGUGAGAAUAUGCCUGUUCUUAAGCAUUGUUGUAAUCCACUCGGGAAAAAAAAUCAUUCUCGUAUAUGUAAGGCAGUCAUUAAAGUCAGUGAGAAGUUUCGUGAAUUAUUCGCUGAAGAAAUUGGACAUGGCAAGUUCAUUUGCAAGUCUUGCCACACAGGUUUGAAGCAGAAGAAGAUGCGCAGUGUCUGUCGAACAGAUGGUAUUAAUAAUUAUGGAGAAGAUAGUUGUGUAGUGCGCGUGAGUGAAGAAGUGUCAAACCGCCUCGAGACUUUGUCUAGAUCUAUUGAUUCAGGGAAUUGUGAUGAGCAGUUUGAACUAGAUGAUAGGGAGCACCAAAAAGUCGUUAUCGCGGCGUUAAAUAGAGCUUUACCAUCAUUAGGUCAGGCUAUCAUUCCGAGAAACUGGAGGGAACGAAGUGUUUUUGAAAAGAGGAAAAUGAUUGAGAAUAUUAAGGAAGCAAUUGAUAGGAGUUUAAGUGAUCCUGAAGAUUGCUCUGAUAUUAAUUGCCUCGUUCAAGAAAUCAAAGAAAAACUGAAAAGUGCUAACGAACUAUCGGAUAAAAUCCAAUUGCUUACAAUGCUCCCUAAGUCCUGGUCGAUUGCCAAAAUUCUGAAAACAUUCAACGUCCCGUACUACAUAGCACGUCAAGCUUAUUGGAUUCAUCAGGAAGAAGGGAUAGGAGCUUCUGUUCUAAAAAGAACACGCAGAUCAUCGAUACUCCAUACAUCCGCUCAAUACCGUAGACUUGCUAGAACGACUCGCUCAACACAGCGAGCUCACCACUCGACUUUAUCUGUCGCGACCUCACAAAAUAAUUAAUAUCUCAGGCUUUAUAUUGAAACACCCUAUUGAAAUUUGACCGUGAAUUCUCUGAUGUGCACUCUAUCACAUCUAUUUUUUCGGAUUUUUUAAGAUCUGCAAAUAUGUUUUUUUAUCAACUUUCUAUAUUGUUUAUUAACAAACAUAUUGUAAAUUUGACUUUUUUGCAAAAAUAAAAUUUUCAUAUGAAUCUUUCACCCUUUUGAAUGUCGAUUUUCGGUGGCGAUUGGAGCAAAAUCGAUUGUAGUGAUCAUUUUAGCGAGCUCACCACUCGACUUUAUCUGUCGCGACCUCACAAAAUAAUUAAUAUCUCAGGCUCUAUAUUGAAACACCCUAUUGAAAUUUGACCGUGAAUUCUCUGAUGUGCACUCUAUCACAUCUAUUGUUUUCGGAUUUUUUAAG